GGGUUUGUUUAAGAGGGUGGGUCUGACUAGGGUUUUACUUGAUGAGUAUUUAUGAGGGUGAAAUCAAUGUCUGUGCUCUAUUGACUAAUUCUGGACACUUUGUCCAGCUCUUUAUUGCACUGGGUUUCUGUUUUCUUGAACAUUAAAGAAGAGGUUGGGGAGUGGGGUCUUGAGUCUUCAUUAAAGCUUCAACCUUUGUUGCUUCAUUUAUGCUGUUUUCUAUCCUGCAUUUUGUUUCUUCAGGUGUGAAUUGAAUUGGGUAUUUGGUUAAUUCUUUUAUUUUUUAGUUUUACCCAACUCUUUGAGGGUAGCUAUUCAAGUUUUCAUCUGUUUUGCAUAUUGUUGAGCUUACUUCUUCAAGAAAUAUCUCUAAUAUGGUCUAAAGAUCAACCUGUUUAUGCUUUCCAAUUUCUCCAUUGUUUAUGUUAUCCAAUUUCUCUAUAGUUUCCUAAAUUGUUUCUAGAACCCUGAAAAUGAUGGAUCUUUUGCAGUUGAGUUUCUCUAAUUUCGGUGUUUUUCCUGGAAAAUUCAAGCAGUGCUGCCUGUUUUCUUUCUGAAUUUUUCUAGUGUUUUAAAAAAUGGAUCAUAUGGAUGAGUUCGAGGCGGAGAGGAGAGCUGAUGAUGAUGAUGGUGGUGUGAACUUGUUCAACUCAUCUAAUAUGAAUACUGCCAAUCUUGGAAUGGGAAUGGUUCCUAAUUCCAAUCCCAGCAUAGACUCAUUUUGCUCCGCAAUCUGGGAUCAACCUAACCCGGUAAACCACCUAGUCCUAGGCUUAGGUGAUGCCAAUAAUGUUGAGUUUGAACCAUCUAGAAUUAGCGGUGGAAAUGGAAGUUUUGGUGUUCCUCCCAAUGGAAUGCUUAAAGGGAGCACCUUGCUCCCACCCGCUGUUCCCGGGCUACUCCCCCCUCCUCGGUUUUUACCUCAUUUUCAAGUUGAUUCUGAUUUCGUUGAAAGGGCAGCGAGGUUUUCGUGCUUUGGUGGAGGGAAUGUGAUGAACCCGUUCAAUACUCUCGAGUGUAUCAAUGCUCAUUCGAAGGGUUUAGCACCACCACCGCAAACUCAAAGGCCUCGAGAGGCUUUGGUGGGGAAUGGCUUAAAAAACGAAUCUUUACCAAUUGGUCAUAAUUUCGCUGAAGAAGCAAAAGAACGAGCUGGAGUAUCUGAGGCCGAGUCUGAUGGACUCGAAUGUUUAUCAGAGAGUGCAGUUGGGCAGUCUUCUGCAAAGGGACUUGGCUCCAAGAAACGGAAAAGAAGAGGACAGGGUGCUGAACUUGAUCAAAACAAGAGAGAACCGGGAAAUGACGAUAAACAGGGGUCCCAAACUUCAGAUACUCCUAAAGACGAAUACAUACAUGUUCGGGCCAGGAGAGGCCAGGCGACAAAUAGUCAUAGUCUCGCAGAAAGAGUAAGGAGGGAAAAAAUCAGUGAAAGAAUGAAGUUUCUCCAGGAUCUCGUACCUGGUUGCAACAAGGUCAUUGGUAAAGCCGUAAUGCUGGAUGAAAUCAUUAAUUAUGUGCAAUCACUGCAACGACAGGUUGAGUUCUUAUCGAUGAAGCUUGCAACGAUAAACCCCGGGCUGGAUUUCAACUCUGAUGUGGUCUUUACAAAGGAGAUUUCCCGAGCUGCUUCUUCUUCGUCUUCGUUAGCAUUUCCACCCGAUAUGGCUAUGCCCUAUCCACCAAUACACUCUCCACAACCGAUGCUGAUUCAAGGAGGCCUUCCUGGCUUGGAAAAUUCCACUGUUGCAUUGCAUAGAACCAUCAAUUCCCAAUUACCAAACACAAGUGAGACCAACAAGGAUCAUCCUACAUCUAAGGUAUCUAACACAUGGAGUGAGUUCCAUAAUGUUUUCCAGAUGGGUUUCAACUCCACUGCUCCCCUCAGCAGCCAAUUCACGAGCUCUCUACCACCACCCGAUCUUACGAAAACAGAACCCUGACUGAACAUUUUAGCUCUCAUCAUUUCGGCAAGUUAUUUUUUCCAGUUCUGAGGCCUCCUGUAAAGUUGAAUAUCCAGUCAGGUAUUUCUCAGUAUGAAUUGGAAGCUAAGCUAUUCAUCACCAUGAUACACAGUAUACAUUUGAUGCUGUUGAGUUGUACAGGCAGUGAAAGUGUAAGAUUUUCAGGAGAAAAUGCAGUUGUAAAUUCAGUGAGAGUUGAUAAGGCUGCUACUUUUACUCUUCAAUUGGAAAAGGAAAAGUUCCAUCAUUUGAAUUGGCUAGUGAUGAUGAUUUUGUUGUAUUGGUUUAUUUCUUUCUUUCUUUGGUGUAAAA